GCACAUGCUUAUUUUUUUCCCCACCAGCAUCUCGCAGUUUGUUUCUCACACUCAGGUUUACUGUGGGUGGACGUGUGUUCCUAUCGCUGCUGUUUUCUUUGUUUAUUUACUGGUUGGAAUUUGAACAGUUUAACAGAUCCCACCAUGCAUCUGAUUGUUGGUGUCUGUGUGUGCUUCGUUGUUUUUGGUGCUGCGAAGCUGCUUCACCUGUCCUGGUUCUGCAGCCUGUUGGCCGGACUGGGGCUGUACAUGGCACAGAGUGGCUCCUGGAGGUUCUGUCAUGUAGCCUUGUGCACCAUCAAAAGAGAUCUCAUGUGUUUGUUUGUGAUACUGAAAGUGAGGUGGUCCAUGUAUCAUAACCUGCGAAAUAAGUGCACCAUCCCUGCCCUGUUUGCCCAGAUGGUGAAACUGCACCCAGAUAAACCAGCCCUGAUCUAUGAGGCUACAGGAGAGGUAUGGACUUUCAUGGAGCUGCAGGGCCGCUGUCAUGCUGUGGCUCACUGGGCGCUGGGACAGGGCUGGACAGAGGGGGACGUAGUGGCCCUGUUCUUGGAGAGUCAUCCUGUCAUGGUGCCCCUGUGGCUGGGUCUGGCUAUGGUCGGAGUAGAGGCAGCGUUCAUCAACCAAAACCUGCGACUGGAUUCACUGCUGCACUGUGUUCGUGUGUCAGGAGCCCGGGCAGUGGUGUUUGGAACAGAGCUCACUGAAGCGGUGUCACAGGUGAGCAGCUCUCUGCAGGCCAACAUGAUUUUGUUCAGCAUUGGUCAGCCGCAGAAUGAAAAGGAGAAGCUUGGAAGCCUUCAGGUCCACAGCCUCGAUCCUCUGCUGGCCUGCUCACCAAAAACCCCACCAAACUACACACUCAGAAAGGAAUUUAACGACAAACUGUUCUACAUCUACACAUCUGGAACAACAGGAAUGCCAAAAGCAGCUGUCGUGGUGCACAGUCGGUAUUACCGUAUUACUGCUUUUGGUUUCCACUCCUUUGGUUUAAGACAUGAUGAUGUUAUCUACAACUGCCUUCCCCUCUACCACUCUGCAGGCACCGUCAUGGGUGUUGGCCAGUGUUUACUCUUUGGUUUGACUGUUGUCAUUAGGAGGAAAUUCUCAGCCAGUCGAUUUUGGGAUGACUGUGCCAAACACAAAUGUACUGUGAUCCAGUACAUUGGUGAGAUCUGCCGUUACCUGUUGGCCCAGCCUGUUCGUCCAUCUGAGGGACAACACCAGGUCCGUGUUGCCAUUGGAAAUGGCCUCCGUCCUUCUGUGUGGGGAGAGUUUGUCCAGAGAUUCAGAAUACAAAAAAUUGGGGAGUUUUACGGCGCCACUGAGUGCAACUGCAGCCUGAUUAACAUCGAUGGAAAGAUUGGUGCAUGCGGCUUCAACAGCCGCAUCCUGCCCAGUUUUUACCCCAUCAGACUGGUCCGGGUGAAGGAGGAGAGUGGAGAGCUGCUAAGAGAUGCACAGGGACUCUGCAUACCCAGUCUACCUGGUGAGCUUGGUAUGUUAGUGGGUCGCAUCAAUCAUACUGAUCCACUGAGGAGGUUUGAUGGAUACGUCGAUAAGGAUUCAACCAAUCAGAAAAUAGCUCACAAUGUCUUCAAGAUAGGAGACUCGGCUUAUGUCUCAGGUGAUGUUAUGGUGAUGGAUGAAUAUGGCUACAUAUAUUUCAAGGACCGGAGCGGUGACACAUUUCGCUGGCGAGGGGAGAAUGUGUCCACUACAGAGGUGGAGGGCAUCCUCAGCGGUCUGCUGGGACACACUGCUGUCGCCGUUUACGGGGUAUCUGUGCCAGGUGUGGAAGGAAAGGCAGGCAUGGCAGCGGUGGCUCACACAGAAGGUUCAUUUGACCUGGAUGCUUUUUUGUUUGCUGUGACGAAAGCCCUGCCUUCAUAUGCACGGCCAGUUUUCCUUCGACUCAUGCCAGCUGUUGAUACUACAGCAACCUUCAAAAUUACAAAGACAAGGCUGCAGAGAGAAGGAUACAAGCCGCAACAGUCAAAGGAAAAGAUUUAUUUUCUGGAUGGUCGUGUUGGUCGCUACGAGGCGGUCACUGAUCAACUAUAUAAUGCCAUUAUUGAGGGGAAGACUCUGGGACCUUGAUCUCCAAAUGACAUGCAGAAUGGACUUUCAUCUAAAAAGAGGACUUGGGACUUUCCACAGUCAGUGAUGAUUUGGUCUGCCAUGGCAUCUGCUGGUGUUGGUCCACUGUGUUUUCUGAAGUCCACAGUCAACACACCCAUUUACCAGGACAUUUUUAGAACACUUCAUAGUUUCUUCUGCUGACAACCUUUAUGGAGAUGCUGAUUUCGUUUUUCAGCAGGACUUGGCACCUGCCCACACUGCCAAAGGUACCAAAAGCUGGUUCAGUGACCAUGGUGUUACUGUGCUUCACUGGCUAGAAAACUCACCUGGCUUGAACCCCAUAAAGAACAAUGGAGUAUUGUCAAGAGGAUGAUGAGAGACACCAGAUCCACCAAUGCAGAUGACCUGAAGGACACUAUCAAACCAACCUGGGCUUCCAUUCCACCUGAGCAGUACCACAGGCUGAUCACCUUCAUGACACGCCACAUUGAUGCAAUAAUUCAUGUAAAAGGAGGCCUGACCAAGUCUUGAGUACAUAGAAAAUGAACAUAUUUUUCAGAAGCCUGACAUUUCUGUUUAAAAUAUGAGUUUUUUUACUGAUUUUAUGUAAUAUUCUAAUUUUCAGAGACACAUAAUUUUGGGUUUUCAUUCUCUGUAAGCCAUAAACAUCAAAAUUUCAAGAAAUAGGGCUUGAAAAAUUUCACUCUAUGUCUAAUGACUCUAUACAAUAUAUGGGUUUCACUUUCUGAAAUAAGUGACAAAAAAUAUUGAACUUUUUUAUUACAUUCAAAUUUUUUGAGAUGUACUUGUAUACUAUGUCUUACUUCACUUAUGUGUCUACAAAAUGAGGUCAGCUGAACCUGAAUAUACCAAAUGACCAGGUCUGAACAUCAGUGGAUUUUUUCUUCCCUGAUCAUUCAGACAUAUUCCAAGAUGACAAUGCCAGGAUGCAUCAGGCUCACAUUGUGAAAGAGUGGUUCAGGGAGUAUGAGACAUCAUUUUCACCCAUGGAUUGGCCACCAUACAGUCCAGACCUGAACCCCAAUGAGAAUCUCUCUGGGAAUCUGAGUGUAAGGCUAAAUAAUGCUACUGUGAAUGUAUCAUCAAACUAAAUGUCCAAUGAAGCAUUGUGUGUGACUUGAUUUUUGGCCAAGCAAUGUGUUCUCAUAUUAUACAGAAAGGACAAGAUUGAUUUUUAUCUCAGUAGCAACUAUUUGAGUUUCCUGAAUUUUCAGUACAAAUUUCAAUCUAAUACAGUGAAAUAUGAGCAAGUGGUGAAGCUUAUAUUUACUUACAUAAGUAUCAUUUAGCUCUGAGAGUCAAACUUCAAAGCAGUCUUUAGAGUCAAGGUUUAGGAUUUUCUAAGAUCUCACCAAUUUAAUAGAAGUCUGCACAUUAAUUUCUUUGAUAUAAACUUGGAAAAUCUCUGGUUUCUGUGAAAGUCAUCAUUGAUUGACCUUGUAAUAAAACAUGAAUUCAGUGUAUCAGCAGUACUAAAAUCUGACUCAGUAUUAGGGUGUGGUUGCACAUGCUGAGGUUACACUGGUAGUGAAUCUUCCACUGCACAUGGAUGAUGUUUGGACACAUCAGUACCUGCCACUGGUUUCACAGUUAAACCUGCAAUGCUGAAAAUGUACAUACAAAAACACAGACGUUACCUGCACCUGUCUCUUCUUGUGUUGCCUGAGCAAACAUCUGCAUGUUUGUUUUGGCUUGUUGUGUGUUGGUGUAAUUCAUGUUC